AUGGAUAUCACGCCAAUAUUUAACCAGGUGCUCGCCAAGCACGAUGCGCGUCCGAUUGAGCCUCCCGUGUUUCGCGUCGAAGCCCUUGAUGGCUUUGUAAAAGAGGCAUACCGCAUUCGAGGUCACAUUGCAAAGCUUCACACAGACUUGAAGUCGAUACGACAAAGCUAUCUCUCGACUGCACAUGCCCCCCGCCGGAAGCAGUACGCGCGAGCAGGCGCAGCAUCGGCCUCUGCAGACAAAGAUGUUAAAUACCUUAGCGACACGCAGCGCAACGAGAUCGACGCCCAGGCCAAACUAUCGAUACAUCAGCUGAAGGAUGCGAUUGAGAAGCUAGGGGCUGCUGAGCAGGUGAGGCAGGAGACGCAGACGCAGGUCGCUCUGAAGAAGCGCGCAAAGCAGGGCCUCGGUGCGCUUGGACGAUGGGCAGCAGGCGGGGCAAUCACAGCGAAGAGCGUCGAGGAGGAGAUUGAAGAGGCCAAGGCGAACACGAUCAGGGAACACCGAAAGGGCAUAUUGUGGACGUUGGAUUUUCAGUUGGAGCAGUGCGUCCUGUUCCAGACGGACAUGAUGGAAAUCAGGCACAUGCGGGAGGUGGAGAAGAGCAAGAGCGUGUUGUACAAGACGAGGGCUACAGGGCCAGCCAGCAGCGAUUAUAGUGGCAUGGACGAGAGCCACAAGGCUGGGGACUAUCGGGCCAAGUCGACUUAUAACCCAGAUGAGUCGAGCGCGGUGAUUGAGAAUCAGCUGGACCCAGAGCAGCUCCAGCUGUUUGCGCAGGAGAACCAGGACAUGCUCAAGCAGUACGAGGACCAGCUCGACAAAGUCCGUGCAACCGAAAAGUCGCUCAUGGAGAUCUCGGAGCUGCACUCGACGCUCGCGUCCAACCUCAGCAUGCAGGAGACGCACAUCAACCAGCUCAUUGAAGACUCGUUCAAUACAACGGAGAACGUUGGAAGUGGAAACAAGGAGCUCAAGCGCGCGACGGAGCGGGGCAGUACGGCGCAGAAGCUGUUCUGGGCUACAAGUAUCUUCUGCACGACGCUUGUUGUGUGGGACUUGUUCAUAUGA